UAAACCCAAAGGGACCCGGCACUGCCCGUCUACCGCAAUGCGCCGCCCCCCGUGUCAAGUCACGCGAUUCCAUCGAUUGGCGAUGUCACGAGCCGAAGUCAACAAUAACAAGUAAAUAAUAAACAAAAGAAUCGGUUUCGCCCAUCUGAUGUGCUCUCGCGAGCGCAGGCAAACACUAGCCACCCAAUCAUUACCACCCUCGUCAUUACAGCCAUCCGAAGUUCUAUUAUUCUCAUGUCCAACGCCUCGCCUCCAUCAUGUCAUCAGCGACCACCCUCGUCUCCGUCCUUCUCGACAUCACCGAAAAUCGGAUUGUGCCGCUGACCCGCGCCGGUGUCUCGUCCGGGAGUAAAGUCUUCGGUGCUGCCAUACUUACUCGCUCAGGCCUCGCCCCAGUAACGGUUUCGACCAACAAUGAGCGGGUGUCGCCGCUUCUACAUGGCGAGGUCAACUGCAUCCAGGAGUUCUUUGCUUCCGCACCCGAGGGCCGCCCCGCCACCAAAGACUGCAUCUUCUUCUCCACCCAUGAACCUUGCUCGCUAUGUCUGAGCGCCAUUGCAUGGGCCGGUUUCAACGAGUUUUACUAUCUGUUCACCUACGAGGACAGCCGCGAUCUGUUCUCAAUCCCUUACGAUAUCGACAUCUUAGAGCAGGUCUUCCGAGUUCCAGGCCCCUCAGAUACGCCCGAGACCCUGGCUGCUCGUCCACUCUACAACCGGAAAAACAAGUUCUUCGCUGCGAAGAGCUUGGGAGAUCUCCUCCAGGACAUAUCGGACGAUGUAGAUCGGAAGCAUCUGGCCGGGGAGGUUAGGAGGGUAAAGGAAAUGUAUGGGUCACUCGACGCAACCUACCAGGCGGAAAAAAGGUCUGGAACGGAGAGUGCAAGCAUUUGGAAAUGAUGGCUUCCCGGACCGCACGGGCAGUGGCAAAAUCUAUGAGCACAUAGCAGCAUGGAAGAUGCGUAGUAGGCUGUAUAAAUCCCAGCCCACACAGGCCAGCCUGUUCAGGACCGUUUCCCUCACCAUCUUGACGCGCCUGCAGCUGCCAUCCGUCGGUUAUCUUCUUCUGCAGCCCCCGCGCUUUCCUCCUACGUACGAGGAACAACA